CCGGGCCCGGCCUGGUGCCGCGGGCGGUCGGGGUCCCCCGGGGCUCGGCCGUGGUUCCCUCGGCCCCCGCCGCCGCUUGUAGUGGCUCCGCGGCUUUCCGGCGUCCCGGGGAACCGCUGCUUGCGGAGCUAAGGAGGUGGACUGCGCUCGCCCCACUGGUCCGGCGGUGGGACCCCCGGCGGCGUUGUGAGGGCCCCGGCACGCAGCACUGCAGACACGUAUCCCCUGCGGGCCCUUCUCCUGACUCUUUCUCAAAGAGACCUGACCCUUUCAUCGCCGUUGCCCAGCUCCACGCAGGCCAGACCUUCCCUAACAUAGAGGCCCUCCCCACCUGCCUCCUGCAGAGCCUGCAGCCAUCCAGCCCAGCGCUCCAGGCUCGUGAGGCAUCCCACCGGAGUCUGGGAUAUCCUGGUGCCGAGACUGGGCUAAAACUUCUGCUUCCCUGUGCAUAUUUCCCAUGCUCUGUGCAUUUGUGUUGAGGUGCUGGGGCCGGGCCCCUCUGGAAGCUGGCUCGCUGGCUGGCACUCCUUUGCACUGCUCCUCAGGUGCUGUCCCGCUGAGCAGUGUGCCUCUUGCUGUCUCUGCGCAGCCACUGCUGGCGCUGCCUUCACCAUUCCCCUUCCCUGGCAGCUUUAGGCAGGGCAAACCUGCAGGCGAAGAUGCUCUUCCUUUCUUGUGUAUGUGGCAGUGACUUAGUAGAGGAGGCCUGAAUGUUCAGCCAGAUGUAUUAGUAUGAGCUCUUGCAGUAUCUUUUUUCAUUGUUCACAUCCACGGCGACUUGCUGUUGUCACCCUUUUUCUUACUCAAUUUAAAAGACAGAGCCUUGCUUUCAGGAACACAGUCGGGUACCCCUUGUAGGGGCUUCAUUGGUUAGCACUGGCUUUGUUUCCUCGUGGUUGUGCCAGGAUUGGGAUGUUGCCCUCAGCAGCCUAGUGGCUCCAUUGUCCCAUCUGUCCCCGGAGCUGAACAGGAUCAGUGUGUGGAUACCCUCAGCACGCAGCAGCCAGGUAUAUGUCACAAGGAAAAUAUGCGGAAGCAAGAGAGUUAAUGUACUCAGGGGCUCUGCUGUUCUUCAGUCAUAACCAGCAAAACAGUGCUGCUGAUCUGUCCAUGUUGGUUUUGGAGUCUUUGGAGAAAUCAGAUGCAAAAGUAACAGAUGACCUUUUAGAAAACUUGGCUAAAUUGUUCAGUUUAAUGGAUCCAAAUUCUCCUGAAAGAGUGGCUUUCGUAUCCAGAGCGCUGAAGUGGUCUAGCGGGGGAUCAGGAAAACUUGGCCAUCCAAAAUUACACCAGUUACUAGCCAUUACCCUGUGGAAAGAGCAAAACUAUAGUGAAUCUCGGUAUCACUUCUUGCACUCCACAGAUGGUGAAGGCUGUGCAAACAUGCUAGUGGAAUACUCCUCGUCCAGAGGCUAUCGCAGUGAGGUGGACAUGUUUGUAGCACAGGCAGUCCUACAAUUUCUCUGCUUAAAAAAUAAGACCAGCGCCUCCGUUGUUUUUACAACAUACACACAGAAACAUCCUUCAAUAGAAAAGGGUCCACCCUUUGUGCAACCACUGCUAAACUUCAUCUGGUUUCUGUUAUUGGCUGUCGAUGGGGGGAAACUAACAGUAUUUACAGUAUUGUGUGAACAGUAUCAACCUUCCCUGAAAAGAGAUCCCAUGUAUAACGAGUACCUAGAUAGAAUAGGACAGCUUUUCUUUGGUGUUCCGCCCAAGCAGACAUCGUCCUAUGGAGGAUUACUAGGAAAUCUUUUAAACAGUCUGAUGGGAACUGGAGAAGAUGACGACACAGAAGAGGGGCAGGAAGACAGCAGUCCUAUUGAACUCGACUGAGUGUUUGUGCCAUGGGGGGCCGUGUACAGCUGAUGAUUCGAUGACUCCAAAGACAGUUUUGGAAUUUGAAUCCUGCAGUUGUUCCUUGGCGCCUUAAAGGGCUCCUCCAGUCUUUUAGAAAUGGUUGCUGAAAUGUUUAUAAUGUUCGGUCUAUAUUAUUUAUGUAAAAAAAGAAAAAAAAAGAAACCACCAAAAAGUAGCCAAAAGAACCCAGGGGAGCGAGUGAGCGUUAGCAGAUUUCCAAUGCAGCAGCUGCUGACUUUGAUUAAAAUAGUCUUCUACGGUUUCUGAUGCGGUAUUCCCUUUUGCACAAAACUCAAUAAAGAAUAAAUAUGGGUCUGCUUCACAACUGACCCACUCCCAUCUUUGUUACAAGAAAGCCUCCCUGACCUCUGCCAUCAGCAAGGAACAUCCUGAAAGCAGGGUGAGCCACAGGGUGAGGGAGGGGCGAGGCUGGUGCCAGAAGUCCUGCAAGGAGCCCAGCAGCACAGGGGGAGCUGCACACACUGCUGCCAGGACACACCGAGCCCUGGGGCUCCCCUCCCUGCAAGGAGAGCAGCGUGCCCUUCCCACUGCCUGGAUUUGUUCUGAGCUGCCUCUGCCUGAGCCCACGCGUGAGCUGAGCUGAUGAUUUCUGAAAAGCACAAGAUUGAAUCGCUCUUGAGUAAGAGCUGCUCAGUGGAACGUAGAUAAUGGGCUCCGCACGGAUCUCUCUUGCCUAGGUUUAAAAAUUGGGCAUCUAAAAUCCCUCCUGUGGCUCGUGGCUCCGCUCCUUUGGAAUGCAUUCUGUCUCACUCUGAGUUCCCAACCCUGCGUAACAGGGAAUGGCCACAAACAGUGUCUGCGUUUGAACUGCAGCUAGAUGCAAAGAAAAGGGAUACUGCAGAACUUUUGGUUCUUUAUGAUAUAUUUAUUUUUCUCGGGUGAUUGAUUCAUUUAACACUUUGUGUAAAAAGAAGAACUCAAUAAAUAAUGGAGUAAUUUCAACCCCAGCGGGAGGCAAAGCAAUUCCACAGCUCCUCUUCAGUGCAGCCCACCCAGGGGCAGGGGUGCAGGGAACGAAUGCAGUGGGGAAACGCUUUAUUUUUUCAGGGUGAAAAUACGAAGGCUUAGAUUAAUGAACAGCAAUCAUGCAUGGGGGAGGGACGGGUUCAUAUGAAUUUACUGGCUGUAUGGAAAAGAAAAAAGGCAACGAAAGGCAGAUUUUGUGUGAAUUGUGAAGUCUCAAAUAAACACUUUAUACCGGGAUCUA